CCGUGAACGUCCUCCAGACCCUUCUUGUCGCCCACAGCGAGCCAUUCGCCCACUGUACGACGUACCAGAAGCAUGUCCUUCUUUGGUCGCAAUCGCGCCCCGCGUGCUAGACGCUCUCCAACGCCCUCCCGCAAGGAUUCGUCGAACCCGCCCUCUGAACCGCCAUCUCCGGGUGGUGCCAACAACGGCUCGAACGGGAACGGGUUGGGGGGUGGACCGAAGCCUCUAUACCUCUGCAGCCCGUUCGCCGAUGCUGCCCUCGUGAAGGGCAAUUUCAAGACGAUCGUGAUGUUGCCCAAGUACGUCGACAUCAUGGAGUGGGUUGCUGUGAACAUGUUUGACUUUUACACGAAUCUGAACGAGUUUUAUGGUGUUAUCAACGAGACGUGCACCCAACAUACGUGUCCUACGAUGUCAGCGGGGCCGACACUGAAUUAUUUAUGGACGAAUUCUGGGGGUAGACAAGUGUCCCAUCCCGCGCCGACAUACAUCGACUACGUCAUGACCUCCAUUCAAAAUCUUAUAGAUGACGAGAACGUCUUCCCCACUAAAUCCAACCACUGUGCAGAUCAAUCGUUUCACCCCUCCUUCCCUGCCACGAUCCGUACAGUGUACCGACAACUCCUACGGGUGUUUGCGCACAUCUAUCACGCACACUAUCAGCAGAUUCUGCACCUCCGCUCCGAGCCGCAUUUCAACUCGCUCUUUGCCCACUUCCUAGCCUUUGGGCGCGAGUACGACCUUUUGGAGGUUAGGGAUAUUAAAGGGGAACCUGCAGCACCUGUAGGUGUGGGUUUACUUUGGGAGAGGUGGAAGGAUGCUGGGAUCUUAGAAGGUUAG